UAACAGUAGUAAAUAGAUAUUACAUAUUAUUAUCUGCUGUUAGAAAAAGAUGCACAAAAAUUAAAUCAAAUAAUGGCAGGUCAAAAGUGCUUUUUGGUGACUGGUUCUCCUGGUGUUGGUAAAACAACUUUAAUCUCCAAGGUUUUGGAGAUACUCAAAACAUCCAAUCCAAAUUUGAAAAUCCAGGGCUUCUUCACUCGCGAGAUAAGACGAGGAGGGGAAAGAGUAGGUUUUGAGGUUGUUACGUUAGAUGGGCGUACUGCUCCUCUUGCUUCUGUUAAUCCUACUUCAAGUGCAGAGUCCGUUAGAUGGCCUAAUGUGGGGAGAUACAAAGUCGACGUAGCAUCAUUUGAGUCUUUGGCGUUACCUGAGUUACAGGUCAAAGCAGACACCGAUCUAUUUGUCAUAGACGAAGUUGGUAAGAUGGAGUUGUUUAGUUCGUUGUUUUUCCCUGCAGUGUUGCGGGUUCUGGAGUCUAAUAAACCACUGUUAGCUACCAUACCGGUGCCAAAGGCUGGCCGAGAUAUACCUGCAGUUGGGAGGUUGAAAAGUCAUCCAGGAGCAACUCUUUUUACUCUAACAACAAACAACAGAGAUGCCAUGAAAGAUCAAAUAUAUUCACGUUUGACUGACAAUCUGGACUAAUCUCAGUGCCCAUCUUUGUUAAAGUCCAUGUUAAAGAACUGGGAUAACAAAGCACCCCUGGUUUAUGGAUCUGUCAAAGUACACUUUGUAGGAUUUGUGCUGUUAAUGUAAUUUUGAUCACUAUAACAAGUUUAAGUAUAGCAUGAUGCUAUAGAGUCAUUAUAAAAUAAAGAAAAAUAAGUUCCUUUCUA